GCGCUGAGAGCCGGGAGAGACAGAAAGGAAGGAGAGUGAAGCCGGAGAAGAGACACCAGCAGGUGCUGAGGAUAGAAAAAAACAGGGUAAAAUAGAAAUAAGGUGCCAAAAAAAAGCUAAGUAAUCAGGGAAAAGUGUGUUAAAAGAUAACAGAAAAAUAACAGAAGAUAGACAGAAAUUGUAAACUUAAUUUUUCUUAAGCUGGAGCCCACUUAUUUUCAUUCUCAGCCACCCUCACUAAGCCCUUUACCACCUUUUCUUGUACGGAUUCUCCUCGGAUCAUCCCCUCCUCCUCCUCUUCCUCUUCAUCCUGUCCUCCUCUUUGACAGACAGAGCCACCAUGGAAACCGGGAGCCCCAGGAAGAUACAGUUCACCGUUCCCCUACUGGACACCCACCUGGACCCAGAGGCAGCUGAACAGAUCAGAAGACGUAGACCCACACCUGCCACUUUAGUGGCAUCCAGUGAUCAAUCAUCACCUGGCACUGUGUUUCCAGAUGUCAGCAAUUACUUUGAAAUAGACGAAGAGCGUCUCCCAAACCAGUUGUACAAGGCAGCCUUGUUGAACUCCCCUCGACAACGGCGAAAAGGGCAAAAGGGAACACCUACAAUGAAAGAGCUGCAGUUCCUGGUAGAUCACCACCUGUACAGGCAGCAGCAGGGAGCUGGGGAUGAGUGCUCCUCAGAGAGCUGCCUGUCUGACCGUCCCAGCCCUGACUCUGUUCCCACUGGGGAGGAGCUCCCACACGACGAUGAGGCCACUGCAGAGGCUUUUGAGAAACUGCGCUGCCAAAUGGAGGAGUUCUCCAGAGAGAGUCUGUUAGAAGCUGCAGGUGGACUCGAGUGCCCCCUCUCCAAGGAGAAAGAGGAUUGCUCCAGUGUUGCCAAUGUAGCAGAUCCCUCAUGGCAACAAAACAACGCACAAGCAGACACAAAAGCAGCAGCAUCCAGUGCCAGUCAGCCGGCAGAGGAGAAGACAAAGAAAUGCAGCCUGGAGAAAGAGAAAUAAAGCAGUCUUCUGUACAACAACAAUGCUGCUCAGUCUGCUCAGCCAGCCCAGCACAAUGACAGAAGAUUGUGUCUGUAGAUCCACUUUUUAGAGGCAUGUAUGUUCCUCUACAGUCAGGCCUUAGUUACAAGCCCGAGGACAAGAACAAAGGUUUCUACAUCAGUUUGUGUCAAAAAUCCUGUGUAAAAGAGCAAAUUAUUUAAUUAUAAUAUAUUUGUUUUCUAUAGCCUUCCCCUACACUAAACUAAAACUAUCUUACUGUAUGUAUGAACCAGACUGGGAGUCUUUUCCUGUCUCAGUCACACAAUUAUUAUCAUAAAUGUCCCCUUUAAUGUUCAAAGGCAACAAAUAUUCUAUCUGCACUCCUUUUAGAACAUUUUUAUCAUUAAAUAUGUGCCAUGACCUCUGCAAUUAUUGUUCCAUGUCAAAGCAAUAAAAAUGUAUUUAUACCUCAUUAAUAACUGGGACAGAAACUAUCACUUUCAAAUUCAAAUGCCAUCAUUUAGUCCCAGUGAGUUAGAUGCUGAAUCUCAAAUUAGUGGAUAGCACAUCUGGGUUGACUGACAGUUUAAAUAAAAAUGUAUUUACAUGUGUUUACACUACUGGAUUGGAUAUCUACAAAUAUCCAACUGAAAUUGAAAUGCAUGUUUUUUUUCUCCAGCAUAUAGAGCUGCAGCGAUUAGUCAAAUAAUCAAUUGGUUGAUCAAUCGAAAAUUAAUCAGCAACUAUUAUUAAUGAAAUGAAUCAUUAGUUGCAUACACAUCUGCUCUGUAAAUCUCUUGUCCUGUGUUCACCUUUGAGAAAAAAUUACAAACCAAAAGGAGGAAAUUUAUAUUUUAUAUUUAAUUCGUUUUGUGAUGGCACCCCCUACAGUUGCAUUAAUUUAUCUAGACAUAUGGAGACCCUGUUUCCAUAGCCAAUCAAAUUGCUUCAUUUUAAAUCAUAUUUACAUAAACUACACAAGAGCCACAGACUUUGAACAACAACCCACAUUAGUUUUCCUGCUAAAGUCUCCUUUUUAUCCAACUUACAAACAUGAACACACGUCUUGUCCUGCACCUUAACUUGUUGAACGAGCGACCAAACAAACAUUAACCAGGGGAAAGAACUAGAUAGCUAAUUAGCUGCUCAGCUGCAGCACAUACACAGCAUGUAAAAAUACCUGCAAAUGUAAUUUUGGUCCGGCUAGAUGCUGGUGUUGUCUUUAGUCUUCAAUACCACUAACAACACGCUGUGUGCACAUUACAUGUAGGCAACAAUGUAAGUUUGCUUACUUUGUCUCUGGUUCAGUCUACUAGCUGCUGUCAAUCAACCAGCUGCUACGAGGAAAAGGAGCAUUUCUGAUAUUUCCACAAAGACCUUUUUUCUUUCUUUUAAUAAUAAAAAAAAGCUAUUAAUACAUUUAAACAAACAUGCUGAUAUUUUUGACUGCAAAAAGGGAUGACCAAAUGUGAUUUCAGUUGGACUUCAAAGUAACGGCAAGGAAUUAAUUACUGGUAAUAUCCCAAUUAACAACAAUGAUAGCAUGUCUUGUUACAGUAAUACACUAAUAAUCAGACUUUUACCAGCCAAACUGUGUGGUUGUAAAUCCCUUGUUGAGAAGCAGGGUUGUGUCUGCAGAGGCAUUUACAUAAUUUGAAUUAACAAAGAACCUCCAGUGAGCAAAUUGCAUCCUCAUUUUUGACACUUGAAUGCUUUUUUGGAAAUCUAAAUCCUGGUCACAAAACACCUUCCUGCAUGGCACUGGCCGUCACUUUUAUUCUAAGAAGGUCUUUACUGUGCUUCAUUUUGUAACUGAACUAAUUUAAACAGCAAACCAAACAUUUUAAAUACCGGACAGAAAAUGUACUUUCCCUUUUCAUUCUAGUUUUGUAUGAAACAAGGACAAAGUCAUCACCACACUCUUAAAUGUGUCAUUUCAUCUGUUAUUUGUAUCACUGAAGUGGCAUUAUUAUGUACAUUAUGUGACAAUCCUUCCAUAACCUUCACAUUAUACUUGACAUGUAUAAAACAAACUGAAGCAGAAAACUAAAGCCACCCUAGUAUUGAUGUCACUUUAGCAGAUUAAUCCGCCACAGUAUAAGCAGUUUAUUUCCCAGCUGCCAACAAUGACCACUAUGUCCACAAUGAACAAGAAAGACAGUUAAACAUUCCUGUGCAAGCGUUUGUUUUUUCCUCUGCAGUGUAUUUAUGGACCAUGUAAUGUUUGUUCUGUUUUUGAAUGGUAAUAGUGUACUUUACAUGAAUUAAAUCUGCAGAGUUUUGUUCCAAUUUUACUUGAAUUGAUUGAUGAUUACAUCUGUAAUCUAAAUUUGUUUGAUACAAUAAAAUGUUUAAAUUGGU